AUGGCUUACCUCCACAAAGCUGCGUGGCAUGAGCUGGCCUGCUCGGUUUGUGGUCACGCAUAUAGUGGCGAUGCCGCAUUCACGCUGGGUACCGCGGGGCUCAGAUGCUGCGAGGAGAAUCAUGGUGUUGAGUCCCUGCCAUGUGCCCGGGUGCUGUGCAGUCUUGCCAUCGCCUGCGGUGAUUUGGGCCGGUAUCGCCAACAGUUGCAGUUGCUGCAAAGAGCCUUUCGAAUCUACGAAGCAGCAUUUGGCGGAGGCCACAUAACAGUCGGUGUAACGCUGGGUCUGAUGGCUGAUGCGCACGGACAGCUCGGGGAGUAUUACAAGCAGAAGGAGGCAGGUGAAACAGCGCUGAAAAUUGAAGAAGCAGAAUUUGGCGUUGGAAGCUCGAAGCUUUGUUCCACGUUGAGCACCUUGGCUGCUGCGCACCGCAAUCUGGGCAACUACCGCAAGCAGAAAGACAUUUUGGAGCGUGUGCUGGGCAUUGACAGGGCCGUGUUGGGUCCGGAGCAUGUCGAUGCUGCGGCUACUAUGGUGAACUUGGCAGAUGCUGAAGGCAACCUCGGCAACUACGGGGCGCAACAGGAGCUGCUGGAGAAGGCAUUGAGCAUCAAGGAGAAGCAUUUUGGACGCGACCAUCCGAGCACAGCUACAGCCAUGGUCAACCUGGCUGCUGCAUAUGCCCACAUGGGGAAGUACGCGUCGCAGCAAGAAUUGCUUGUGAAAGCACUCUGGAUCAAGCAGCAAGAGUUCGGACAGGACCACGUGAACACCACAGUGGCAAUGCGAAGCCUGGCAGAAAGCUACGGACGCUUGGGUGAGUACCAGAAGCAGAAGGAUCUGCUGGAAAGGGUCCUAUCGAUUGUUGAAGGCGAAUUCGGAGUUGAGCAUCUCGAAGUUGCUGCCACACUGGGUGGGUUGUCGCUUGCUGAAGCAGGCCUGGGGAAUUACAAGAAGCAGCUGGAGCUCGCCCGUCGGAGCAUGACGAUUAUCGAACGCGAGCAUGGGCGCAAGCAUGUGCGGAGAGCUGCAGCCUUGAGGAUAUUGGCACAGGCCUGGGCAAGCACCGGCGACUAUAAGAAGGCUGCCGAAGCUGCUAACGAGACCUGUGACAUUCUCCAAGCGGCUUAUGGCCCAAAGCAUGUCCUAGUGGCAGAGGCCUUAGCCACCUAUGCGCAUGCGAUGGGUAACCUCGGCCAGUAUCAGGAACAACUGCAGCUAGCAGAGAGCAGCUUGAAAAUCCUCGAACUGCAUUUCGGCUCUCAGCACUUGUCUAUUUUGAGUUGCCUGGCUGCUGUCGCAAGUGCACGCGCCGAGCUUGGGCACUUUCAGGAAGCCCGCGAAGUUGCAGAGCGCGCUUGCGCAAUUGCGGAAUUGAGCUUCGGUGCAGAGCACUUGGUGACAAUGAGCUCUUUGUGUCUUCUGGCCAAUGCAGAAGGCGCUCUGGGGAAUUAUGAAGCGAAGCAGCAGCUGUUUGAGCGUGCCCUGCGCAUCGGCACCGCGAGACUUGGAGGAAACCAUCCUGAUGUUGCUCUCCUGCUUCGAGGCCUCGGCUCGGCGCUGUCAGAGACGGGUCGACCUUUCGCUUCGAAGGCGUUGCUUGAGAAGGCGGUUCUCCUUCAGAGGAAACACUUUGGCUUGGAGCAUAUGGAGACUGCUCGAACUGAGCGGUGUCUCGGAAUGAUCUUCGUGGCCCUGGGCAAUGCUGCAGAAGCACAAGGCAUACUCCAGCACGCGCUCUCCGUUUUCGAGACGCAGCUUGGGGAGGCCCACUUGCAAGUCGCCAAAACGCUUCGCCACUUGGCCAUGACUUAUCCAAUGGGAGCUCCCGAGCGAAAGGAGGCCGUCGAGCGAGCGCUGCCUAUUCUCUACACGGAGGUGGGGAAGGAACACCCCUGGACUUUGGAGAUAAUGAGCAUUCAGACUCCUGCCAAAAGGCAGCGGCUGGAAGGACAGCCCGGGAAAGCCAGAGACAGGACAUCCAUGAGCUUCUGA